AUGAGUACAGUGUCUGAGUCUCUAGAUGGGAGCAGCAGGUCUCUGUCUGCAGCCAGGAGACACAAGAGUAUCAGGAAAACCUCCAGGAGGAUUUAUUCUGCCUACCAGGACCACCAGGAGGGCUCCUCAGAUGAAGAAGACAAAGUAGAUGAGAGGGUGGACAGCAAUGAUCCAGAGGAGAUGUUCCAGAACAUUCAGUACCAGAAGGAGAUCAUCGCCAAUAUUCGGACUAGGCCCUGGCCAAUGAGGCGCAAACUCAAAGUCCUAAAGCAGGCCAGAGAGACUGUUCUGCGAUAUGAGGGCCGACUAACCAGAACCAGAGGUUACCAGACCGCAGGAGCUGAUCUGCUGAAGAAACUUUCCCGUUUGCUUUACAACAUUGUGGUGCUGUUCAUUCCUUGGGAAGUCAGGAUCAAGAAAAUUGAAAGUCACUUUGGGUCAGGCGUGGCCUCCUACUUUAUCUUCCUCCGCUGGUUGUUUGGGAUCAACAUUGUUCUCACCAUCAUGACUGGAGCCUUCAUUGUCCUACCAGAGCUGCUGGCUGGAGCACCAUUUGGAACAACAAGAAGUAAAACGAUUCCCAAGGAACACCUGUCUUCAGCCCAGGACCUGGACACCAUCUGGUCUCUUGGGGGCUACCUCCAGUACUCUGUGUUAUUCUAUGGUUACUACGGCAGGGUGAGGAAAAUCGGCAGUGCAGGGUACCGAUUACCCCUUGCCUACUUCCUGGUUGGAAUGGCUGUCUUUGCCUACAGUUUCAUCAUUCUUUUGCGAAAAAUGGCAAAGAAUUCACGCCUGAGCCUGGCGAGUGCUUCUGAUGAAAGCUUCACUUUCUGCUGGAGAGUGUUCUGUGCCUGGGAUUACCUGAUAGGAAACCCAGAGGCUGCAGAGAGCAAAGGAGCUGCUAUUGUUAACAACAUCAGGGAAGCCAUUGUCGAGGAGCAAGAAAAGAAGAAGGAUACCAGUCUUGCAGUUCUGAUCAGUCUACGGAUCUUGGCCAACAUCCUGGUGCUCCUCUCUUUAGCAGGGAGCAUAUACAUCAUUUACUUUGUGGUGGAUCGUUCUCAGAGACUGGAAAAGGAGAAGCCGGAGCUGACGCUAUGGGAGAAGAAUGAGGUGAGUGUAGUGGUUUCUCUCAUCACCAUGAUUGCUCCAUCUGCUUUUGAACUGGUGGCUCAGCUGGAGAUGUACCACCCACGAACCUCACUGCGAUUCCAGUUGGCCAGGGUCCUUGUCUUAUACCUUGGGAAUCUCUACAGUCUCAUCAUUGCUCUCCUUGAUAAAGUCAACAGUAUGAGCUCUGCAGUCCAAGUGAGUAACAGUAACUGGAAUGAGUCCAGCUCCUUUCUGGCCACAAUAUCUCAUCCUGAGGGAAACAGCCUCUCCACCCUCAUGUCAGAUAUCUCCCUCUCUAAGAAUCACAACAGCACCACAGCAACCAUCGCCACAGUGCUGGCUGUAACCAGCAGGAGCAGCUCAGGGGACGUCUACAACCAGACAGCUGUGUUUGAAAAGAACACCCGACAACAGGAUCAGUGCUGGGAGACCUAUGUUGGACAGGUUUUGCUUUCUGAUUGGAUAACGCCUGAAUAUGGAGAAUUCAAAAUAGCCGAGAAUGUCUUGCAUCUAAUUUAUAACCAAGGAAUGAUCUGGAUGGGGGCAUUUUUUUCUCCCUGUCUUCCUGCCUUUAAUGUGCUGAAGCUGAUUGGUCUGAUGUAUCUGAGGAGCUGGGCUGUACUUACCUGUAAUGUUCCCCAUCAGCAGGUCUUUCGAGCAUCCAGGUCAAACAACUUCUACCUGGCUAUGCUGCUUUUCAUGCUGUUUUUGUGUAUGCUGCCCACCAUCUUUGCUAUAGUGAGAUACAGACCAUCACAACACUGCGGACCUUUCAGUGGUCAAGAGAAGAUUUACGACAUCAUCUCUGAGACGGUGGCCACUGACUUCCCGGUGUGGUUCAGUAAAGUAAUAAGUUAUAUCACCAGUCCUGUCGUCGUACUGCCAGCACUGCUGCUGCUGUUCAUGCUGAUAUACUAUCUGCAGUCUAUCGCCAGAUCCCUCAAAUUCACCAACAACCAGCUAAGGAUGCAGCUCCAGACUGAGCGCACUGAAGACAAGAAGAAAGUCUUCCAGUUGGCUGCAGCGAGACUACAGAUUCCAGAGGCUGCUGCAGACAAAAAGUCAGAUCACGAGGAAAGCAACAUCGCCAGCCAAGAGUCCUCUAACCACACCCCAUCUCCCUGUCAGAAUAGCAGCACCACAAACUUUGAAUCCCCUGUUCAUCGAGGGAAUUGCAUCCGCACCAUCACGAAAUCAGUAUCUAGAGGAGACCUGAACAGAGGAGGUGUGGCCGGAUCUAUCAGAAGUCCAGCAGUAACCGUACUGCCCAAACAUUGGCUGGAGCACAUUCCUAACAGGCCUCCACCUUUUCUUGGUGGUCCUAGUGGUACCUGCAGAUCCAAGUCCUACCAUCACAUGGUGUACAAUUCUCCACCUCACUGUUCUGACAGCAUUCACUCUGACCCCUUGUGCAGGAAGACUGUACAUUCUGUUCAUCCAGUUGAAGCUGCUGGGAUCAUUACUGCUCAGAGUUAUAGAGGACGCCGUGGUCACACCACCCGCUAUGUGAUUGUCAAUGAGCAUGAACCCAGGAAAAAGUUGCUGCGCUCAGCCACACGGGUCCCACGCCAUUAUUUCAUGGAGGAACCCACAGAGAUCAUGGAACUGUACCCACGUAAUGUCAGACGUUACACACCACGCAACGCUCACAGUAAACCACGUCCUCACCAGUCCCACGCAUCACAGCAACAUCCAAGUGAAGAGGAUGAGGAGGAAGACCAAGGGAAAGGCAGGAGAAAGAUGUCACUAGGGAAAAGUCAUCGGCCCCGCUCGCCGUCUAACCUCCAACAGCCAGCACAUUUCUACAUUGGUGACCGUCUAGAAACCUACAUAACUAUAUCUAAAGAAAACCACACAGCUCAAGGAAGAUAUGGGGCUCAAGACGUAGAUGAAGAGGAGAAUGGAGUGGGAGAAAUAGCCUGUGGAGAUGAAGAGUCACACUCUGAGUCACAGGCUAAUGUGAGAGUAGUUGACCCUCUUCUUCUGCAAACCAGAUGUCACAUUCAUUCCCCGAGAAGACAGUAUCUGCCUCAAACUCGGGCCAGGCAUGUUGAGCCUCAUGUGAAGUCCAAGUCAAAGCAAAAGCUGGAGAAUGUGCAGACUGAGUCCGACUCAGCUUCCCUGGCCUCUAGCAGUGACCAGCAGAAUAGCAGCAAUGACCAGUAUAUUCAGGUUAUCCACAACAAGGAGCGCUAUUUGAAGUCUGGAGCCAGGCAAGGACAAAUGGCCAAAAAGAAAUCCAAAACCAGCUUUGAUCUAAAAAUCACUGAAUCAAAUGAUCUGGUCUGCUCCAAUGUUUGA